AGAUGAUAAUAAUAGAGUCUUAAUGUCGAGCACGAACUAGAUUAAGGUAGCAUUUGGUGUUUUCGCUGCGGAAUGACUCCUGUGUCGAUCGUGAAUCAUGUGGCUCUUUGAGAACCGACUCCUUUGAAGAGUAAAGACCACUGAAAUCUCCAUCACUGAUACACGUUUCUGUGAGUUUCUUCAGGUUGGUGACCUGAUCAAAGCACUUUGCAUCAUCAGUCUCCCAGGUGUGAACAGUAUGUCUGACACAGAGGAUGUUGGUGUUGAGGAAGAGGUAUUAGAUGUAGAGGUAGCCCCAGAGGCUGAGGCUGAGGCUGAGGCUGAGCCAGAGGCCGAGCCUGAGGAAGAGCCAGAACAAGAGGUGCAUGAGGAAGAGGCCUAUGAAGAGGAAGAAGAGAAGCCAAAAUACAGACCCAGUGCACCAAAAAUUCCAGAUGGAGAGAAAGUACACUUUGAUGACAUCCAGAAAAAGCGUCAGAAUAAGGAUCUCGUUGAGCUGCAGGCACUCAUUGAUGCACACUUUGAAUGCAGAAAAAAGGAGGAGGAGGAACUAAUUGCUCUGAAGGAAAGAAUUGAGAAUCGUAGAGCUGAGCGAGCAGACCAUCAAAGGACCCGUGCUGAAAAAGACAAAGAGCGUCAAGCAAGACGUGAGGAGGAAAGGCUGAGGAAAGAGGAGGCAGAUGCAAAGAAGAGAGCAGAGGAGGAUGCAAAGAAGAAAUCUGUUCUGACAACAAUGGGCUCCAACUACAGCAGCUACCUACAGAAGGCUGACCAAAAGAAGGGAAAGAAACAGACAGAGAGAGAGAAAAAAAGAAAGGUCUUGGCUGAGAGACGCAAGCCACUAAACAUUGAUCAUCUCAAUGAAGACAAGCUGAGGGAUAAGGCCAAGGAGCUGUGGGACUGGAUGUAUAAUCUUGAGUCUGAAAAAUAUGACCACAUUGAGAAGCUCAAGAGGCAGAAGUAUGAGGUCAUCUCACUUCGCAACCGUAUUGAUGAGCUGCAGAAGCACUCCAAGAAGGGUGCUGCUGCCCGCCGCAGGAAGUAAACCGUUGGUGAAGGUUGUACCAUUUGAAGCACUCGCCUACUUUUCUCUGAAUGUUCAUAUUGUUUUCAGAAAUAUUGUAUUGAUUCUCAAUUAAAAAAUAUAAUUGGAUUUUAGUCUAGGUUAUUUGGUCUGUAAACCUAUAAGGUAAUAAUAAUGUAGGUGUAUAAAUAAAAUUUUACAUCUUCAAACUUCA